CAUGGAAGUGAAAUGGAGAAUUUUACGUACUUUAUUGUGGAAAAAUUAUUUGACUCGUAAAAGAUAUUAUAAGCAAAUUAUUUUUGUUCAAAUUUUAUUUCCCCUAUUUAUUUUUGUACUAUUACAAAAAGCACGAUCACCAAAAUGGUAUUCCAAAGAAGAGGGACUUGUCACUUAUAAUGAUAUUGAAACAAAGCACGCUCUUCUAAAAGAUUUAGAGGAUUUUCAUUUGUAUUAUACACCGAAAAAUAAUUUUACCGAAAAAUUAAUAAAUAGUACAAUUAAAUGUCUCUCUCUUUCACCAGACAAUGUAACUGCAUUUAAAUCCGAAGAAGCCAUGUUAAAAAAUUAUUCAUAUGAUCAUGGUUUCGAUAUGUAUGAUGUAAAAAUUCUUGGAAUUAUUUUCCAAAAUACAUACGAUGAAAAAGAACUUGAUUAUGUACUGAGAUCAUCUUUCGAUACACCGACAAAUUCAAUAGGAGGCGUUUUUCAAGGUUACGGUCAUUAUUAUAUACGGCAAUGUUUUACCACACGAAUUCCAUAUAUUCAAACACAAAUGUGUCUCGAUGAAUCAUUUAUCAAUAUGUCUAUAUCAAAUCCUUAUUUUACACCUAAGAUGUCUAUACAAAAAUAUCCCGAAUACAGUAAGGUACAAUUACGUUCAAGCGAAGAAAUAUCAAGAUUUUUCUUCGCCACAUCAGCGGUAGUUCUAUUUUUAAUAACUGUGAUUACAGAAUCUUCAUUUUCUGCUAAGGAGAAAUACACUGGAGUCAAUAUAUUAAUGAAUUUAAAAGGAAUACAUUUUUAUGAGAAUUUAUUCAGUUGGUUAAUCACUGGUAUAUUGCAAGGCAUAAUUUUUUCAACAUUAAUUAUAAUUGUAAUGACACAAUGUUUUGAAAAUCCAAUACUUUCUUAUGGAAAUUCAUUUAUUAUUUGGCUAUUUUUGAUUUUCCAUUUUGGUCAUUUAACUGCAUUUGGAAUGCAUAUUGCAUCUUAUUUUUCAAACACUCUAACAAUGGAAAUUGUUAUUACUAUCUUGUACGUUGGAUCUUCUAUGUUUCAAGCGGAUUUAAUAGAUAGUUAUAUAUUUGCAUUGAUACCAUACUUGGGUAUCAUUUUUCCUAAUAUAUUAUUAUUUAGAAUGUUUCAAGAAAUGGAUAAUUAUGAAACUUUAGCAAUAGGAGUUCAAUGGAGUAGCAUGUUUCGAGUUUCAGAUGCUCCUUAUACAGCAGCAGGAAGUAUUGGAGUUAUGAUAAUUUUUUCAAUAUUAGGCACUGCCCUGCAUUUUUUUUCAUGCAUUUAUAUUAAUAUUGUGUUCCCGGGAAAAUUUGGACUUAAACAUCAUCCAUUUUACCUUUUACAGAAAAAAGAAAAUAUUUAUAAAGAAUUAGAAGAAGAAUUAGAUGAAUUUAAUUAUAAUAAUGAGAAUGGAAAACCUUUUGAAAAAGUACCAAAAGGCGUUUUCACUCCUGGCAUUCAAAUUCGAAAUGUUACAAAAUCUUAUACAACAAAUUUAUUUAACAAAAAGGAAAACGAGGCUUUACAUGGAAUAUCGUUGGAUAUUUAUAAAGGUCAAAUUACAACUUUAUUAGGACGUAAUCGCUCGGGAAAAACCGCAUUGAUGUCAAUAUUAACAGGAAUAUCUGAAUCAAACGAAGGAAUUGUCUUUAUAGAUGGUAAGAGAAUAAAUGAUUUCUUUAAAUAUUUCUCAACAGACUUAAGUUUCUGUCCUCAGGAAAAUAUGUUUUUUCUUGAUCUAACUGUAAUGGAGCAAAUCGAAUUUUUUGGAUUGCUCAACUGUAUAAACAAAACUGAAGAUGAACGCAAAAUGUUAUCUUUUAACGUUGAAAAAUUAAUGAAGAGACUCAAUAUUUAUGAUAAACGAAACUCUUUACCCAAAGAAUUAUCUUUUAGUGAACAAAGAAGAUUGUGUCUUGGAAUUUCAUUAAUAUCCGAUUCAAAAAUUUUAAUUAUGGAUGAACCAACAGCAGGAAUGGAUUCGAAAAGUAAAAGAAAUACUUGGAAUAUGUUACUGGAAAUGAAAGGCGAAAAAACAAUUUUGAUCAGUACAAAAGAUACAGAAGAAUCUGAUAUACUCAGUGACAAGAUAGCAAUUCUUCAUCUAGGAAUAUUAAAGGGUUACGGAACAUCGACAUUUUUGAAGAAAAUAUACGGUCAGGGAAAUAUUGAAAUUACACUCUCAUUAACAACAUGGUGUAAUACAGAAUCAAUAAGACAAGAAUUGGGUGUAGAAAGUGAAAUUCUUAAAUUAGAAGACGAUACUAUGAUUUUAUGUGUUCCAUGUUCAGAAAAAUUAGUCGAAUCAUUGGAUAAAAUUGAAAAUCAAAAGAGGGAAUUUGGUGUGACAGCGAUAAAAGUCUCUCUCAUUACAUUAGAACAAGUUGUUCUAAAAGUAACAAAAAAAGAAGAAGAUAUUGACUUGACACGACCAUUUGUAAAUUCAGCCUAUAAAUUAAAAGAUCGUGAAUUAUUAUUGCAAUCUGCAUUUGCAUUAAUUGAAAAAAAUGUUACAAUUGUUAAAAGAAAUUGGAAAAUUUUUCUCAUAAUGAUGGCACUUCCCUUGAUUAGUUCAUUAUUUAUGAUAAUGAAUUUUUCAUCAAUGAAUACAGUGAGAGAAUUAAAACACAUAUCACUUAAUUUCUACAAUGAUCCUCAAGUUAUGCUUGCCACCAAUAAUGAAACUCUCAGUCGUGAAACAAAAUCAUAUGUCAAUCGUUUUCAUGCAAAAUUGACUGAAAUUGAUUCAAAAAUUAAUAUGAACGAUGCACUUGUGAAAUUUUCAACAAAAGAUGUUGCAGCAUAUCGUAACAAUUUAGUAACGGCUAUUGAAUUAAAUGUCACUGGAAAAUCAAUGAAUGCUAAUGUUCUUUAUUCGGAAACGGCUGGAUUUAGUUUGCCAAUUGGAAUGAAUAUUAUUUCAAAUGCACUAAUUAGAUCAUAUGGAGGAAAUGAAUAUGAAAUCAGUAUUUCAGAUCAUCCACUACCACAAUUAAGAUCAUAUUCCUCGUACGAUUUAUUUACAUUAUCACUUUUAUUCACAGUUUUUUUAUAUCCGGCUAUAGCAUUUUUUGGCAUACAUCCAUCGCAAGAAAUUUCUUCUGGUUUAAAGCAUCUUCAAACAAUGACUGGAAUUCCAUUAGUAAUUUAUUGGGGCUGUCAAUUUAUUGUUGAUUUCAUUGUUUUUCUUGUUUUUAUUAUUUUUUGUCUUAUUGGAUUAUCCACUGUUGAUCACGUUGUUGGUCUUGAAGUUUAUUGGUCAACUGAGCUCGGUAUUGUAACAUUGUUAUUAAUAUUACUUGGAAUUAAUGCUCUACCGAUGGCGUAUAUUUUCAGUUAUUUGAAAAUGUCAAAGUCUAAUGUCAUUUUUAGCUUAGGACUCUUGCCAUUUUUAUUAUUAUUGAUAGAGGGAUUCUUUUGGCUUUUAGAAUUGGAUUCCUAUCCCUACUAUUACAAUUAUGAGAGUGAUACUUAUGAAAGAAAACAUAAUACCUUCUUUUAUUUUCGACAAAUACAAAAACGAUUCUUUCAACUUAUUCCACAUAUAAGUUUCUUUCAUGGACAAGUUGCAUUUUUAACAACAGCCAUUGAAAAUGCUCAUUGUCGCUAUUUAGUACAACAUGAUAUUGCUGAUCAUUUUUUUGAAGAAUAUUGCGAAGAUUUAGAAUGCCAUGGAGGAUCUUGUAAAAAGAGUCUACCAUAUUUUGGUAGAACUCCCAGAAUCUCCCAUGCUGAAAUACAAUUAGAGGAAUGUUUCAUAUUUUUGUGUUUAACUCCACUUUUAUAUUUUGGUAUUCUAGCAGCAAUAGAGAAUAAAUUUUUACAAAAAUUAUAUAUCAAAUAUUUUAAUAAGAUUCAAACUUCAAAUAAUGAGGAAAUUGACGAUCAAGUUAAGGAAGAAAAAUACACAGUGGGUUUCGAAAUCAAUAAAUUAAGAGCAGAAAGUGCUUCAAAAAAAGCUAAUAAAUUGGUGACGGAAACGAGAGUUGAGGGCGAUACUGCAUUUUUAGCCUAUGAACUCAAUAAAUGUUAUAAAUCAAAACAAAUAAUAAAAGAUGUUAGUUUCUCUGUUAAAUCUGGCGAAUGUUUUGGAUUACUUGGCGCGAAUAGUGUGGGAAAAAGUACAAUUUUCAAAAUUAUUAAUGGAGAAGAAUUAGCGGACAAUGGUGAUAUGUUUUUAAAAGGAUAUGGCAUAUCCUUUGAUAAAAAGGAGUAUCUAUCACAAAUAGGCUAUUGUCCUCAAAAUACAGCACUAAUGGAUUCAUUAAAUGCAAGAGAUCAUCUUCGUCUAUUCACACAAAUAAGAGGAGUGCCAAAAAAUCAAGUUAAUUUAGAAGUUGAGGAUUGGAUUAAGAGAUUAAAUUUGACUGAUUGUGCUUCUGAACCAUGUUACACGUAUAGUGCAGGAAAUAAACGAUGUCUAAACAUUGCAAUGGCUUUUAUUGGUACUCCCCAUUUAGUAUUAUUGGAUGAACCCACUAUUGGAAUUGAUCCAGCUUCACGGAAAUCAUUUUGGAAUAUGCUUAAAUCAUUUUUAAGAGCUGGACAAUCUGUUAUUCUUACGUCACAUUGUAUGGAGGAAUGUGAAGCACUUUGUAAUCGAUUGGCUAUAUUGGCGAAAGGUCAGCUCAUUUGUAUUGGAUCGAGUGAAGAAUUGAAACAACGUUUUAGUAAUGGAUACAAUAUUAAUAUAGAAUUAAAUCCAGAACGAGCAGAGGCGCAAUUAAAUGCACUAAAAUAUGAUUUAGAGAAUUCAAUAAGUUGUGAAAUUCGAGAUGAACAUUUGAGUAACAUCACCUACUAUGUGAAAAAUUCUGAAACAACGUGGAAAACAAUGUACGACUUAAUGAAACGAUUACAACAACAAUAUCCUUGUAUAGUAGAUUUUACAAUUCUAUCAGCGACAUUAGAACAAUUAUUUUUACGAUUUGUUAAACUCAAGGAAUAGCAAAAAAAAAAAAAAAAUUUCCAUACACUAUUUUCUGAAAACCAAAAAUUUGUAAAUUAAUGUAAAAUCAAUAAUAUUUAAGUAAUAUAAGUCAUUCCAAAAAUAUUUUCACAUAUAGUAAUUUUUAACUGACAUCGGUAAAUAUUGAGGGAUGAAAAAAAUAGAAAUCUUUUUUUAUUUGUUGUUCUUUAGUCUCUAAAUGGAAACUAAAACUAAAUUUUAUAUUUAUAAAAAAAUCUUUAGAUAAUAAUAAUACAAAAAAGGAAAAUCGAAAAAAUCUAUAUCAAUUUAUCGAUCAACGUUACUAAUGAUAUAGUUCAUUAUUACGAGAAAAAAAAAAUAUUGUACUUUUAUUGUAUUAUAUAUUGUACGUACAAAUGAAUCUCAUGUGAUUUAUAUGCAAAUUGAAUCUCAACAUAUUAUUAUUCAUUAUUUUAUAAUUAUAAUGUAUUAAAUUAAUAAAAUGUCAAUAAUUCUUUAAAA